UUCCUGACACACGAUGGAUCUGCGCAUCUCGGUUGUUCUUCUUCUCAUUUUUCUCUCUGGAGGACACUCUCUCAAGUGUUACACAUGCAAGGGUGAUCUGACGGGUUCCUGUGAUGCCAAAGUGGAGACGUGUGGAUAUGGACUUUCCAAAUGUAAAACCACAAUGGGAGAACAAUACAUUGGUCGCAAUUCGUUUACUGUCACAACUAAACAGUGUGCAAGUUCAUGUGCAUCAGACAUCCUAAAACCUUUCCUGGAUGUCGUGGACUACUUUUAUGGAUGGUCAGAAGAUACCACUCACUGCUGUGACACUGACCUCUGCAAUGCACCCCCCAAACAAUUCCCGACUGGAGGGAGAGCAGAUUCCACUGAACCACAUGAAGAUGGAAUCCAACGGCUCCCGACUGGAGGGACAGCAGAUGGUGUGUAUAAGGGAAGCUUCCUCCUGCUGUUGCCUUCUCUGCUCUUCUACUUCCUGUUUCAGUGAAUCAGAUUCUACAGCUGCAGCAAAAACUGAAUCUCAC